AUGCAAGCGGUAUCUUCGUAUCAGCGUAAACUAUUUACGUUAGCGUUCAUCGUACGCGAUUGCGUUGGAUCCAAGCAGGUACUUUUGGGUUUGAAAAAGCGUGGAUUUGGCAUGGGCAAGUGGAAUGGAUUCGGUGGUAAAGUUGAGGUUACGGACGCUAGCAUCGCGGCCGCAGCGGUAAGAGAACUGGAAGAGGAGGCUAAUGUAAUUGUGAAGGCAGAGGAUUUACUACCGUGUGGUAUCCUGUUCUUCUCGUUCGAAAAAUCUGAGGAGAUGAUGGAAGUACAUGUUUUUUUGGCGCAUAAAUUUCUUGGUGAGCCGUCCGAGAGCGAGGAGAUGGAGCCUCAGUGGUACGACAUUUCCAAGAUCCCAUUCAAAAGCAUGUGGGUAGAUGAUUGCUAUUGGCUACCGCAUGUGCUUGAUGGCAAAAGCGUUCAAGGCCAGUUUUAUUUUGCCGCAGACGAAAGCACACUAUUGGAUCAUCGGCUCGAAGUAACAACACAAACUAAUGGCGAUUGCUGA